AUGAGUUGCAACGAUGAUUCCAAAGCAUACCUCGGCUGGGCCCCGCCUAUUGAUUUUACACUGGCUGAUAUCGAACAGGAGGCGGCUGCCAGUGGGGCAUCCGGUCGCUCCCUGACGAUCUCCUUCCGUAGCGAUACCCUUAUCCCCACCGGCGCGCAAAGCCGGAGUGUGGGUGUGUACAUGAUCUUCACCGGCUCUCUGGACCCAGUCAUAACUGCCGUACAACUGCAGGUCGUUCCCCAAGUCGGAAACAACGGCAGCCCGCAGCAGCAGGAAGCGAUUUCUGUGGCCAUUUUCGAUGCUAGGCGGGACCCAAGUCCGCAAGUGAACUGCCCUGGGCUUACAUACUACAAUAUUAACGCGAGUGAAACGUCGACUUUGGCUGCGGAGGAAUUCUCCACGGCAGCGGUGGUGGGCGCCAUUAUCCAGUUUAACGACGCGCCCGUGGAGUUUGUUUCUGAGGUGCCCAUUGUGGCCGCUGUUGGCCUGUUCUUGGGCUGA